AUGAAACUUAGUGAGGUGCCUCCGAUCUUGGAGCCAGUGCAAAAAGCAAUUGAGGUAGAGAAACCUUACGAAGGAUUGCGUUUCAUUCGAGUGCUCGAGAACCCUAAGCCUCCAGCCGUUGCCGGUCCACCUACUAUUCCCAGUGCAGCGGUGGUUCCUAAUGCCACGGCUGUUGCUAAUGCGGGUGCUGUUCAAAACCCAGCGGCUGUUCCCAAUGCGGCUGCGGCUUCAUAUCCAGUGGCAUCACCAGCAGCCGAUUUCCUGGCGCUGUUGUCCCCCGAUAGGCUGGUAUCAACCGCUGCAGGCGCGGAGCACGCCAAACCUAUUGAGACUGAGACCGAGCACUUGAAUGUCGCCGUGAAGGCAUUCCAGCUGCUCCUAGACCGAGCCAGGCACAACCGGGACGUGUCCGGCCAGCCGGCCAGCUUCCAGUACACGCUGUGGUGCAUGGUGUUGCUGGUAGUUUUCGUCACGGCAUGUCGGGGUGGUGCUGCUGAACAGUGCUGCGCAGCGACAGCGGGACAAGCUCACUUCUACGACGGAACCCGCAACAACGUGUAUGUAGUGUGA